UUUUUAUUAGAAUUGUUCGCGUUUUCUUUCAGGGUAGUGUUGCGAAUAACUAUGAUUCGCGUUUGUUAUUAGUGUUGCGUCUGAUGAACCGCGUCCGAUUUGAAAUAACUUUCAUGUUUAGGGUUCGGUUGUUUAUUAGGUUUGGAGCGUUAUUGUUAUGUAUACGCGUAAUUAUAUUGACACUGUAAGUUUCUAGUAAUAAUAAAUAACAAUAUCUGAGAAAUUCGAAAGUGAAACUAAAUACAUAUCCAUAAGAGGAAUGUUGUGUAUCUAUGACAAUAUCUCAUUUUACACGCACAUGUGCAGUGACAUAUAUGACUGAUCAAAAGUGGAUUGAAGUGUAUUGCAUGUUGUCUUCUGAAGUAUAGAUUUUCCUCCUGCUAACAAAGUGUUAUUAUUGAACUAUUUUCACUAAUCCGUCCUUAUGGCAUCCCCAGCUCCAAAAUCGCCAGAACAAUCUGAAAGAAAUAGGAAAUACGAUAGACAAUUAAGGUACAAUACCCGGUGAAAAGGUUAUUUUGGGGUUAGGUUAUGGGGUGAUCAUGGUCAGGCUGCAUUGGAAGGUGCACACGUUUGUGUCAUAAAUGCUACAGGUCUUGGUACCGAGAUUUUGAAAUCUUUGGUCCUCCCUGGUAUUGGAGCAUUUACAAUUAUAGAUGGUAAAAAAGUUACUAAUGAAGACAUUGGAGCAAAAAGCUGACAGUGUUGGAAAGUCCAGGGCACAGGUAGCAAUGCAAAUGCUUCUAGAAUUAAAUUCAGACGUUAGAGGUGAUUAUAUAGAUGAGGAACCUGAAGAAAUUUUGUAUAAUAGUCCAGACUUUUUCAAUAAUUUUACUGUUGUUGUAGCCACUUCGCUUGUUGAAAAAUCUUUAAUUCUUUUAUCACAAAGGCUUUGGGACCUGAACAUACCAUUAAUAGUAUGCAGAAGUAUAGGGUUCAUUGCAUAUAUGAGGAUUCAAGUGAAAGAGCAUACAGUUAUAGAAACACAUCCAGAUAAUGAAACACCAGAUUUACAUUUAGAUAAACCAUUUGAAACAUUAAAAACCCAUCUGGAUUCAAUCAAUCUUGAAGAAAUGAGCUUUAAAGAUUACACUCAUGUACCAUAUUUAAUUAUAUUAUAUAAAUUUUUACAAAAAUGGAUUACAGAACGAAAAGAAUUACCUAAGACAUAUAAGGAAAAACGUGAAUUUAGGGAAUUAAUGAAGGAAGGCAUGCGAAAACAUGAAAAUGACAUAACAAGUAUCGAAGAAAAUUUUGAUGAAGCCAUUAAAGCCGUAAAUACGUGCAUAGGGCAUACGGAGGUUCCAGAUAGCGUGAAGAAUAUUCUAAAUGAUGACCGGUGUAUUAAUUUGACCGCCAAGAGCAGUUCAUUUUGGAUUAUUGCAAAAGCUAUAAGAGAUUUUUGCGAGAACGAAGGAGCUGGAUUAUUGCCAUUGAAAGGUACUUUGCCAGAUAUGACAGCAGAUACUGAGAAGUAUAUAACACUUCAGCAAAUUUACCAUAAACAAGCGGCAUCUGAUGCAGAAGCAGUUUGGCGACGUACGCUUCAGUUAUUGCGGCAAUUGGGCAAACCAUCCGAUUCCAUUUCCGAAAGAGAUGUUAAGUUAUUUUGCAGACACGCUUCAAAUAUAUACGUAGAAAAAGGAACAUGUAUAGCGGAUGAAUACGAUUCUAAAAUUUCCGAUACGUAUAAUAUAGUGCAAAGUUUGGAAAAUCCGGAAAGUAUGAUGAUUUACUAUGUUGUGCUCAGGGGAGUUGAAAAGUUUCAAGCAGAAUAUAAUUCGUAUCCUGGUGAAUUUGAUGAUCAAGUGGAACCUGACAUUGUUAAGCUCAAAGCAUGUAUAACAAAAUUAUUGAUUGAAUGGGGAUGUGGGCCAUUAGCGAAAGAUGAUUAUGUGCAUGAGUUUUGUCGAUUUGGUGGAGCCGAAUUACAUUCGGUAUCAGCGUUUUUAGGUGGUCUCGCAGCUCAGGAAGUUAUAAAGUUCGUUACAAAUCAGUAUAAACCAGUUCAUAACACGUUCAUAUACGAUGCAGUCACAUCGAAUUCUGAGACAUUUUUUUUUUAGUUGGUAUGAACUAUUAAAUUAAAAUACUUUUGUAUCUAAUAAAAAACAAAAACCAAAAUACAAUUUUGUAGUUUAACAAGUUCCCCAUAUUCUUGAACUGAUUAUCCUAUUGCCCUUAUUUCGUUUUUGAGAACACGUUUAUGCGUUCGUUAAAAACACAUUAAAACUCAAGUUGAACGAGUAUAAUAUCAACACUUUAAUGUAGCAAUGAACUGAUACACAAGUCAUUUCGUUCUUAUUUAUAAUAAACAACUAUUACUUACAAUAAAUACGUAUAAGGUGGAAAGCAAAUUAAUAUUUCAUAAUACCUUAUGAUCGACGUACGCAAAUAUUAAUAUUUUACCGGUGUUCCACUCUUAAUACAACUUAAUAAAACGGGUUGCGCUUUGAUUUUCGUAUUUCUUCACUUUGUACGUUAACAUCUUAUAUCACGUUACAUUAUUGUUACUUUAUCGAUAUUGAAUUAACUGUAUCCUGAGUAUACUAAUUAACCGUUAACUACGAUUAACAAUACUACAAUAUAAAACUCUGACGCUCUACUUUCACACAAACCACUUCAGUAUCCUGAACAUAUUCAAUAUCCUAUAUACUUAUUAUUUGCAAUGUGACUAUCCCUUGACCAUCCCUUCAUUUAUUUUAAUUUAAUUUACAUGUUAAAUU